CGGAUAUAAAGCAGUUGCCCUUCUUGAUUUUGCUGAUUAUGUCCAAUGAUCCGUUCCUUUUACGGCAGUGUCAAAGACUCUUAUCAAAAUUUCUUUGACUUCCACGAAAUUAUACGCGGAAAAUUGACAGCGUUUAUGGGAUGCCAUUUACUACUAGUCACAUUGCUGGUUACUAUCACCUUGCAUGCAAGCGCGAUAGCCUCUCCCAAGCCAAAUCUGGCGACUUCUAGCGUCCAGUCAGAGCAUGGGUGAAAGAGUCAAGGAGAGGUUUCUAAAAGCCGAGGUAGGUAUUACUGAACCAAUCGACAGAGAAGAAAGGGUGACGAUCAGUGAUCAUGUGAAUGAGGCUGAAGUAUUGGAAAAGCUACCAGAGAUGCUAAACAAAGCAGGAAUUUCAAUCAAUGCAGAAGAACCACUAGCAGGCGCAAAAAUCAAAACUAUUUGGAAGAGGCGGUGAAUCUCUUAACGGUAAAGAGACCCUCAAAACUCGAAGAGAGCCGCCAACUACAGUACACGUCAAGUUCACGGAAGGGGCCUCAAACACAGCAAAUGUCAU